AUUUACGCUUUCUUGUCGUCAAGCUGACGGGACAGAUAGAGAGCGGACGGACUGUAUCAUGGUGUCUCCAGGAAGACUAGUCAGUUGUCCUCAGUAGCUUGUGCAGUUUAACUUGGUCUCCUUUGUGAGCGAACUCUCCGCCUUUUGUUCGGACCAUUGCUAGCAGCAUGCGAAGUAACUGAGGAAGACUGAAGGGUCGAGUUAGUGAAGUCGGUUCAUCAGUGUAGGAGCAGACUAAUGUGUGUAAGCGGGCAAAACUAUACCCGACAACCUCCACGCGCCCUGCAGCGCCAUAUACAUGUUUAAAUGCACCAAUACUACCAUUAGUAAUAAUAGAGUAGUAGUGUCACAUCCUGACCGUGCAGUAUCGCAGUGAGAGAUAUACAUAUGAAGUGAGAGAGAAAGACACACAGACGAAAAUUGCAGAGUGUCGUGUAAGAUGUCCUGGGACGAGCUGGAGGCUCUAUGUCGCACUGAGAGGCUCCACUGUAAACAGCUUGGGGUGAACAGAGCCAACGUCAAUGAGUAUGAGGUCGAGUUCCUCUGUGACUACAAGAAGACUAAGGAGGAGGAAUUCUACCUGGUUAAAUGGAGGGGGUUCCCAGAGUCAGAUAAGAGUUGGGAACCCAAGAGGAACCUCAAAUGCCCCAAACUGAUAAAGCAGUUCCACCUGGACCUUGAUGAGGAACUGAGGCGCCAAAAGAGACGCUGCAUUCCUAAAAAGCUAGAUAAGGAAGUCGCCUCAAACCUGCUCCAGAAAGCCCAACUCCGUCAGAGUCUGCAGCGCUGGGAGAACCAUUUGAAUCAGACUCGCAACCACCCAGGUCGCAUUUAUGUCAUUAACGAAGUGGACCUUGAGGGCCCUCCAAAAAACUUCACCUACAUAAACAACUACAAAGCAGGCCAGGGCAUAGUGUUAGAUGAGAUGGCUGUGGGUUGUGAGUGUAAGAACUGUUUAGAGGAGCCAGUGAAUGGCUGCUGCCCUGGGGCCUCCUUGCACCGCAUGGCCUACAAUGAUAAGGGGCAGGUCCGGAUCCGGGCAGGACAGCCUAUAUAUGAGUGUAACUCCCGAUGCAGCUGUGGCCAAGAUUGUUCCAACAGAGUGGUGCAGAGGGGUAUCCAGUUUGAUCUGUGCAUCUUUAAGACAGAGAACGGCCGAGGAUGGGGUGUCCGCACACUGCAGCAUAUCAGGAAGAACACAUUUGUCAUGGAGUACGUAGGAGAGAUUAUCACAACAGAUGAAGCAGAGAGGAGGGGCCACAUUUACGACCGCCAAGGAUCUACAUACCUGUUUGACCUGGACUAUGUGGAAGAUGUGUACACAGUGGAUGCUGCUCACCUAGGCAACAUCUCCCACUUUGUCAACCACAGCUGUAAUCCAAAUCUGCAGGUUUUCAAUGUGUUCAUUGAUAACAUUGAUGAGAGGCUCCCAAGAAUCGCUUUAUUUUCAACACGGGCUAUUCGGGCAGGAGAGGAGCUCACCUUUGACUACAAAAUGCAAAUUGAUCCAGUUGACACAGAAAGCACCAAAAUGGACUCCAGUUUCAGUCUAGCAGGGCUCCCGAGCUCGCCAAAGAAGAGGAUUCGAGUGGAGUGUCGGUGUGGAUCAGACUCUUGUCGAAAAUACCUGUUCUGAUACGACAAUGCAGGAAAGCAACAUUUUGUAAAGAUGUGAAAAAUUGUACAGAUUUUAAAAAGAUUUUAAAUUUUUCUUUUGUUUAUUUAGUUUAAACUAAUUAUCAACUUUGACAAAAAAAACCUUUUAUUUUUGUACUUGACUUGACAUGAGGAGGAAAUUUGUCUACCUAAUUCUAAUCAUUUUAUAUAUCUUCCUCCAUCCCCUUUAAAUUGCAAGAUAGACAGAUGACUUAUGUGGCUUAUAUAUUAGCCGAUCACCGCAGAGUGCAGUAUAAGAAUGACCCGCUGUUGACUUGAUGAGUAAAUUAUUACCUGUGAUUGCUUCCUCUUUCAUGUGUACAUGUUUUCUACAUGCACAGUAGGGGGACUGAGCAACGGUAGCAGGGUCCCACCAAUUCGCUCGCUGAUUGCGGGUAAACAGUAUAGUUAACGU